AGAGGCACCAACGCGUUCCUUAGUUACUCCCUCUCUUUCUCAUCAAUCAACUCCCUCCAUUCAUUCUGGCAAUGUCUACCACUACCGCCGAGCCUACUAAGAAGACUAUCCGCUGGCUCCCCCUCGAAUCCAACCCAGAGGUCCUUGACAAGUAUGUCCGCGAUCUUGGAGUGCCGGCUCCCUGGAGAUACGCCGAUGUGAUGGGUCUCGACGAGGAACUCCUUGCAUUCGUCCCACAACCUGUCCACGCCUUGAUUCUUCUCUUCCCUAUAACGCCCAAGUACGAAGAGUACCGUAAGGAAGAACAGAGCAGGAUCGAUCAACAAGGACAGACUGUGAGCCCCAAGGUCAUUUUUUAUCCACAAACCAUCUCCAAUGCCUGCGGAACCAUGGGCGUCCUUCACUCUAUUGCCAAUAACUGGGCCUAUGGAGAAUCACUAAAGCUCGAUGAGGGCAGUAUCAUCGAGACGUUUCUAAAAAGGACUAUCGAAAUGUCUCCUGCAGAACGAGCCAAGGCACUGGAAGAGGACAAGGCGUGGGCGCACGUUCAUGAGGGCCACGCAUCAACCGGACAGACAGCAACACCUGAUCUGGCAGACGACGUGGAUCUCCACUAUGUAUGCUUGAUCGAGCGGGAUGGUCACUUGUAUGAGUUGGAUGGAAACAAGCCAUACCCAAUUAAUCACGGCACAACCUCCAAGGAUACCUUUUUGCUGGAUGCUAUCAAGGUUGCUAAAGAGUUCGUGAAGCGGGAUCCUGACAAUCUGAAUUUUAGUGUGAUUGCGGCGACCACUGCUGAAGGGGAAGACUAUUGAGUACAUUCUCGCUCUUUUGCGUACUACCAACAACCUAUACGAAAUAAAGACUCAAUCGCCUUCUCCGAAUAUUUCAAGAGGCCCAAAACGACAUUUGGUCUAGGUCCCUUAAUUGGAAACAACUGCCAAUUUCUUGGCUAUUUAACAUAAUACAUUAGAUACAAUCUACAGAGGUGC